AUGACGGCCUCAAAGGCACAAGCCCCAGCAUAUGCUGGCAAUUCAUCAGAGAUCCACCUGGAAGCCCAGAAUGCACUAGAGCCAUCUUCAGUGUCUGGUAGUUUCCAGCCAUAUACUGACGACGCGGAUUUUGGAGGUGAGGACAACCCGCCAGCCUACACCGAAUACGACGAAUCUCGACCGCCGGUCGAUGGUUCCCGUGACGACUCGGUCAAUGAGCGAAUCCGAUCUGAUGAGUACGAUAUUCCGGGCGCUCGUGUUCUUACAUCUUACAGAGAAGGCAAGACCUAUACGAUUUCACUGGCCCCGUACUUAUCUUCCAAUGCCGAAGUGCUGUACAGAUUCUUCAAGCUGCAAGCAGAGCUCCCUCCACAGGUAUUUGUCUCGGUAAAAGGGACGCAUACGGUGUCAACGAAGAACCGCGAUAAACAGUCAUCAACUCAGACUAUCAUAGAUUUUGAUUUUUUGAUUGAUGGCAGCGACAGUGUGCUGCCACCGGUCCGCUGCAUAGAUGGGGUUUACAAAGUGAUGAAGGUCAUCCAAGAUAAUGAUGGAGUGUCCGCAUACAGAGGCAGCAGAUUUAGGAGCACCAACAGAAACUGGUGUAAGAAGAAACGCAUUGCAACCGCACUUGAAGAUGGGCAAAUAAACAUCAGCCCAACCCUUGAGGAAUGGUGCCAGAGGUUUUGCAGUGAUAAAUCAAGUGUCAAAUCCUUCACGCUUCAUCGCGACGUCGUCAAUUGGAAUUUCAAUCUGAUUCGGCGCCAGAUCAUUUCAAUCAUCCGAUCCACUAAUUACUGCGGCACCAUCACAGUUUCCCCGUUCAUACAGCAGUCCCGGGUUACCAUAUAUUCACCAUCUUUGAUUAACCGGCUGCGUACCAGUUCUUUCGUCUGGUGGACAUGUGUGAUUCUUCAGCUUUGGAUCAUCACCUGGCCCCUCCUAAUCCUAUUAGAGAAGCGCUAUGAAAUUGUCCGUGUUGAGCAUCAUGUUUCGCGUGGUGGAGUCUAUAGCUCACCAGGUGGCUCUGAGAACGACUGGGUUCAGACGUAUACGUCUGCAAUCAAAGCUGCGGCUCUGGGAAGGAGACAGGGUGAAGUGGUCACCGCUGCAGACAUUCCCCGAGCACGAGACAUGUUUAUGAAUAGGCUAGAUUCGGAGUCAGAGAGGGAAAGAAGGCAGAGAAUUGAUAGAGGCGAGGGAACUUGGGCGGAUUCGGUUGUUGACCUUGUGAGAGGCGUCUCGGAGGCGGCUCAUCGGUGGAACGUUAACCAAAGCUGGGGCAGCGAUGAAUACUAA